AUGUCUUCCACUACCAAGUCCCUCUAUUUCAAGAAGAUCCCGUCGGAUUACCCAAUCCCAGGAGAGCACUUGGUUGUCGAGAAUGUCCCUUUCGACCCUGAGGCUCCCGCGCCAGAAGGCGGCCUCACACUAGAGUGCCUCUACACCAGCUUCGACCCAUACAUGCGCGGCCGCAUGAGACCAGCGCACGUCAAGUCCUACACUCCUGCAUACGGCCUUAACCAGCCGAUCCCCAGCGCCACCAUCGCAAAGGUACUUAAGUCCAAGAACGACAAGUACAAUGCUGGCGAUGUCGUAAUCGGCCUGCUGCCCAUCCAAAAGAACCUCGUCCUGCCCGAGGCACAGCUCAAGUUUAUCAGACCGCUCGACAACCCAGAAGGACUUACUGAUCUCCGUGUCUUCCUGGGUCCGCUCGGCAUGCCUGGUCUGACGGCAUAUGCUUCUUUGUACGAAAUAGGCAAGCCGAAGAAGGGAGACACCAUCUUCAUCUCCUCUGCAGCCGGUGCAGUCGGUCAGGUAGUCGGCCAGAUAGCCAAGCAUGAAGGUCUGACUGUCAUCGGCAGUGUUGGCAGCGACGAGAAGCUAGAGUACAUCCUCAAGGACCUUGGCUUCGACUCCGGAUUCAACUACAAGACUGAGAAGCCCGCCGACGCCCUCAAGAGACUCGCCCCCAACGGCAUCGACAUCUAUUUCGAGAACGUUGGUGGAGACCACUUCGAAGCUGCCCUCGAGCACAUGAACGACUUCGGCCGCAUAGUCGCCUGUGGAAUGAUUUCGCAGUACAACCUGCCCAUGAAGGAUAGGUACCCGAUCAAGAACCUUUUCUACUUCAUCACCAAGCGCCUGACGAUGCGCGGGUUCAUUGUCAACGAUCCUGGUAUGGGAGACAAGUGGACAAAGGAGCAUCUCGAGCGUGUCUCCAAGUGGAUUAAGGACGGUUCUUUCAAGCCCCUGAUCGCAGAGACUGUGGGCAUUGACAACGCUCCUGAGGGUCUAGUGGGUAUCUUCCAUGGAAAGAACCUGGGGAAGGCAGUCUUGAAGCUCUAG